AUGCCAACCAGCAUGCCUUCAUUCAUGUCAUUGGUAUGUCUUAUAAUGGUAAUUAAUAUAAAUCGUAUCAGUUUAUCGUACACAAUUCCAUCAACAUCUACUCAGCUAUAUGUUGUUCCAUUUCCAUCAUUAUUCGGUGUUAAUGGCGAUGGUUCACGUGCUCAUCCGUUCUCAUCACUUCAACAAGCACUUGAUCAUAUUGAACUUAAUUAUUAUCGUAGUACAGUUAUGCGAACAGAUAUGAUAACGAUCAAUUUAUAUCCAACACAUCAUUUUGUCAAUACUAUCUACUUUCGACAAGCUCACAGUCAUACACGAUUGACUACAAUGAAUGCUGAAGACACUGCUUUCUACAAAGACUUAGCUGUUGAAGAUCACAUUCAUCGAAAAUUAUCAACUGCAAGUAUUAGUGGUGGCAUACCAGUUACUGGUUGGAUAUCAGUCGGUGAUAAUCUCUAUAAAGCGAGGGUUACCACAACAACGUUUAUUAAUCAAUUAUUUGUUGAUAAUCGACGUAUUUCUCGGACACGUCUUCCAAUGAAUCCAUCUGAAUAUCUUCAAUAUGCAGCUCCAUUACAAGAUCCAAAUCAAGCUCGAUACGGGUUUCAAUAUGCUGCGGGACAGUUCGAAUCUUGGCCAUUAGAUGAUGCAAUGGUAGUUGUAUAUCAUAGUUGGACAACAUCGCAUCAUUAUAUUGAUAAACUUAAUCUAUCGAAUAAAACUAUUUUGUUUACUAAUCCAUCCAAUAGUCCAAUUGGAGCAGCUGUAGCACAAGGACAACGACGAUUUCAUGUUGAAAAUAUGUGUAUAUCAUAUGUUCCAAAUUCAUUUUGCUUUUCAAAUGCAACAAAAACUGUUUAUCUAAUGACAGAUAGUUCUUACGAUCCAAAUAAAUCACAAAUUAUGACAUCUAUAAAUGAAUAUGUUGUCGUACUUGCUGGUAAUAGUAGUACUAAUCCAAUUGAAGAUAUUAUUAUUGAUAAUGUUGCAAUACAACAUAGUGCAUGGAAUAUUGAAAGAACUCAACAAGCUGAUUAUCAAGCUGCUUCAUUUCUUACCUCUGCUCCACUCUAUAUUGCAAAUGCAACAUCUAUUAUUAUUACGGAUGUUGAAAUCAGUCAUACUGGUUCGUAUGGAAUAUGGAUUAAAGAAGGAACAAAUAGUAUCAAUAUUAUUAAUUCAUUAAUUACUGAUACUGGUGCUGGUGGAAUUCGAAUUGGUCAAAUGAUAUCUCCAGUACCAACACCAACUACUUCUAUUCAUAUCAUAUCGAAUGAAGUUAGUUACGGUGGAAAUGUUUUUCCAAGUGGUGUAGGAAUAAUUAGCCAUCGUGCAGUUGAUGUUAUUAUUGCUGAUAAUAGUAUUCAUCAUCAUCGGUAUACUGGUAUCUCAAUUGGAUGGGAAUGGGGUUAUGCUCCAUCAUAUACAAGUAAUGUACUAGUUCAAGGCAAUUAUAUUUAUAAUAUUGGACAACAUAUUCUUUGUGAUCAAGGUGGUAUUUAUACACUUGGCAUUCAACCAGGAACAAUAAUUCAUGGUAAUGUCAUUAAGAAUGUCUUUAGUUAUGCUAUGUAUAUGUGGGGUAUUUAUCUCGAUGAAGGUACAUCUCAGAUUAUUGUUUCUAAUAAUGUUGUAUAUAAUACUGGUUGGGCAUCUUUUUUCCAACAUUAUGGUGCUAAUAAUACUAUUAUCAAUAAUGUAUUUGCACGUGCUUCACUUAAUCCACCACCACAUCCUGAUGAUCCCAAAACAGAUGGUAAUAUUCAUGUUGGACUCGCAGAAAAUCAUACAUCAAUUACAUUCGAACGUAAUAUCGUCUACGAUACAUUUCAAGGAACUAAUCAUUCUGCUUACUUAUCUGAUCAAGAUGCAAUUGUAUUCUUGAACAAUAAUCUGUAUUACAAUUCUAAUGGAGCUGAAUUAUUAUUUGGAAGACAACAAAUAUCAUUCUCCGAUUGGCAAAAAACUGGACAAGAUAAUGGUAGUAUUAUAGCAGAUCCAUUAUUUGUUGGUGAUGUCAAUCAAUGCGAUUUUUUUACGAUUCAAUCCAAUAGUCCAGCAGCAAAACUUGGAUUUACAAAUUUAACUAAACUUUCAAAAUGGACUUCAGGAUGUGAUAUGAAUGAUAAAAUUGAUAAUAAUAAUCAAUUUUACUAUUGGUAA